AUGGACGUCGAGCUCGUCGACGAUAAGCUUGCCCGGACGCGCCAGAAGGUUCCAGAAUUUCGCCCUAAUCGUUUCACGUCCGAGUCUAUCCGCGGGGAAGAAAAGAUUCUCGCCAGACCACCUUCCAGAGACCGCCACCUCUUCAUCGUCGCCGUCGUCGUGUCGAGUGAAGCUGGAGGCCGCGACCGAUGCGCGGGACUCGCACGUGGGGCUGCCGCGUCUCUGCGGGAGGAGGUGGCGGCCUUGAAGCAGCAGCACGCCAAAGAACUUGCUGCGGAGAAGGAGGCGUCCGAGGGCAUCGUCCUGGCGGUGCAGGCCGAGAAGACCAACUUCGAGGCUUUCGUCAGGGAGAUGUCGCGGCAGAUUCUUGGUACGUGCGACUUCGUGGAGACGGCGACUCCACGGGAAUGCCUGUCGACCGCGACCGCGCGUAUCAUCGCCUGCGCGGGGGAGAUACUUGCCGCGCUCCCCCUGCAAUAA